GAUCCAACAAAUCACUGGUCUUCCUAUUUCCCCUAUUUGAACGAAGGCACUGUUGAUCACUGGAACAAAGUGGUUUUACGUGCGACACACAAUGCGAAAUUUAGCUUCUAGAGGACACCGGAACAAUUUUAAGUAGAAUUGGGAAGCAUAGAAAGAAGUAUUAUCUCAUCUACCCUAAUAGGAAUCGAUUAUUUUUCUUGGAGAUUGCAACGACCUCACUCCAGUCUCAAGUUCGAUGAUUUGAGCGUGUAUACUGCACGUUGUAGGAAAGAACAAAUUUAUCUUUCAAAAUUCGUUCUUCUGAGGGAUAUUGAAGACUAAGUUGAAAUCAUAAAGGAUGUCAGACGCUAUGGCAGUCGACAAUGAGGGCCAAUCUACUGAAAAACACACAGAAAAUGAAGGUUUUGUUAUCAACAGGAAAUUCAAAUCAGGAUUUGUCUGUCAGUGGAAAUGAAACGGCGGAACAAAUGGAGAAAAGCUUAAAAGAAGGGGAGGAAAGUGUAAAAGACACAAGCGCUAGCGAAGACCCUGUAGAAAAUACAGACGGCAUUAAAGAAAGUGAAAUUGCAGCGCCCCAAGGCGCAUGUGGAGAAGAUACCGAAAAACCUAGUGAAAGUACCGGUGAAGCAGAGCAGAGUGAAGAGCCAAAAGAUUCAACUGUGGAUUCAAAAGCAACACCUGACAGCGAGGAAAAUGCGACAAAAGAAACUAGUGAUCAAGUAGAUCCACAAGGUGAUGCUGGGAGUGAUGUAAAAGGAGAAAACACAGAGUCGGAAGGCGCUAAAGAGGCUGAACCAGUCGCAGAGAAAACUGAAACAAGUGCAACAGAAGAGGUGAAAGCGAGUGAGCAAGUAUCUGAAAAGGAAAAGCCAGAUAAGCCUGUUUUAGAGGCAGAAAAACCUGCUGAACUGGUCUCUGAACCAGAUAAAACACCUGAACAGGACUCAGAUAAACCAGCUGAGCAGGCUCCAGUUGAAGAAAAACCGGUUGAGCAGGAGGACUCGGAGCAAGAUAAGGCAGAAAAUCCUGCUGAACUGGUCUCUGAACCAAAUAAAACGCCUGAACAGGACUCAGAUAAACCAGCUGAGCAGGCUCCAGUUGAAGAAAAACCGGUUGAGCAGGAGGACUUGGAGCAAGAUAAACCGGCUGAGCAAGACUCAGAGCCAGAUAAACCGGCUGAACCAGAACCUGAGCCAGAUAAACCGACUGAGCAGGCUCCAAAACCAGAUACACCAGCUGAACAGGCUCAGGAAUCAGACCCUACCCCAGAUCAACUCGUAGACGCAAAUAAGCCAGAUGAAGAGACUUCUCAAGUUUCAGGGAAGGAAAAGCCUGAGGGACAAGAAAAUCCUGUUGACUCUCAGCUAAGCGAACCUGCAGAGCAGGCACAAGAAUCAGAAAAAGCCGAUGAUAAAAAAUCCACAGAGCCUGCAGAACCUGUUGAACAAAGUCAAGAUUCCGGAGUAGCUGAAGCAGAGAGCCCUGCUGAGCAAGAUUCAGAGGAAGGCACACCCGGUAUGAGUCCUCCGGUUGACGAGACGGAUGGGAACAAAGUACACAGGAGUACUAGUAGCAUCAGUGACGAUGGGCAUAAGAAGCGGAAACUGCAGUUAGAGAUUGACCGACUAAAGGAGCAGGAAUUGGAAUACCAAAAGAAGAUUCAUGCUUUGCAAAAAGAGAACGUGCGACUGAAAAGCGGAUCGCUGCAGAGUCAAGAGUCGCUAGGUGCUGGAGGAAACUCCGAUAAUUACUGGCAGCAAAAACAUAACGUGGUACAGAGGGAUAUGGAAUCAUGCGAGAGGAGGGUUAAAGAUCUACAACUGAGACUCAAGCGGACGACCAAAGAUAGCGAGAUAAAGGAUGAAAAACUCUCUUUCCUUGAAAAAGAAGUUGUGGAUUUACAGCAUAAGUUACGUGAAGAAGAAGGCAAAAGAUCGACAUUGGAGCAGACACUGAACAAUAACAACAGCAGCAAAACGCGAACUGAAGAGAACUCUAAAGUGUGCGUUAUUUUAUAAAACAAUAUGUGCACGCGUUUUAUAGAAAUAUUUUAUUGAAACCCAUUGUUGUCGACGCUAGACUAUUGUGAAGAAGACGCGUGAUGAGAUGCGAUCUUCUGCUAUCUGCUGUAUCGCAUGCUGUUCGUAUUAUAACUUGUAUUAUUGGUUGAGUUCUAAGACCUGACAAAGGGACUUCUCAGAUGUAAACUAGUCCACGGUGUAGAGGAGAAAAUCUACCGCCAAUUUUGGCCAACGUUGACCGUUGAUAGAUGACUUCUUUUCUGGUACAAGAUUUCCGCACAAAAAGCCCAUAUCACCAUGCAGUGGAACCCCGAUAAGUCGAACUCGGCCAUAACUUGAACUCUUUUUUAGAGAUUUCUACCCGAAUAACUCGAACCAGGAAAGUGCUCGAACUUAAGAUCCAUAGAGACUCUCUAUUCAUUCCUAUUCGAAUAAUUCGAGCUACCCGCUGACUCUAAUCGUUGUUCGUCCUCGUUGGGUUCAAGUUUUGCGGGGAUUAAUUAUGUGUGAUUCAGAAGUGUGGCGAAUUAAUAAUAAAUUAGUAUUUAUUUUGUUUAA